AGUGCCACAACAGGAUCUGGAAGGAAAAAUACAAUCCGAAAUAGCCCACGGGCUGUCUUUGGCCCCAGCUCUAUACUACUCCUGGUGUAGCUUACUUCCGCCGAAGAAGGAAGGCCUAGCCUUCCGAUCUUCCUCCCUCACUAUCGAUACGGACGGUUGCCUACCUUACCCCGCGCCGCAUUCCGCUGCUCGUGCGCGCCCUGAAUGACCGCUUUCGCCGGCCUUGCCUGGGUCAGAUGAGGAGUACCCGCGGGAGAAGGUCGCUCGCUCGCUCGCGUUGCUUAUUGCGGAAUGUUUUACAUUGAGCGAGCGAGCGAGCGAGCGCAGGCACCCACAUCAUCAACGGCUAGGCUUGUCUCUGAUCGAUGGUCGUCGAUGGAUGCGUGGAUGAAUGCGAUGGCGCAAUAUCUUCGUCUUUCCUCUUCCGUCUGUUCCCCUCCUUCCCUUUUGCUUUUUGGAGCCCUGUUCGUGUGGCGCCGCUUGCUGCUGCUGUCAUCUGGGGAUUAUAUGCGUUUGCGUUGCCUUGUCUCGUCUCGUCUUGCUUGUCUUUUUGCUUACUGUACAUACACGCCUACUCGGCGUUAUAUUAUCUACAUGGGUCCGUGGCGAAAUCUCGGAGGAAAAAAAUAUUCUAGCCCUUCUCAGCCUUUCGCUCAAUCAAUCAAUCAAUCACUAUCCUGUGAUAAGGAUUUGCGCUGGCUGCGCUGGGCUGGCUGGCUGUUGUGGCAUGGUGGUACGAUAACGGGGCUUGCGGCUUGUGUUGGGGUGCAGAAGCGAUGGUGUGGUGCGCACAGCGCAGGGUAUAGCAUAUCCUACGCCUAGCCGCGUUUCAGGCAGAACGAUCGAAGGCGAUGCUGCGUGCGUUGCGUUGUGGUGCUGCUUUUCUUUUGUGGGGUGCUGCUGCUGCACUGCGUUGUGCUGUGCGACUGAGAUGCUGCCAGAGUGCAGGAUCUGGAGCGAGCUCGGGGUUUGAUGGUCCGGAUGGGAUGGGAUGGUGUUGUGGGUGUGUGGGUGGGUGGGAUGUUGGGGAUCAGUGAGUGACGAAGUGACUUCCCUCGUG